AGACUGUAACACACGCGACGCGACUUUUGAUCCAGCUUACCUGCAGUGUGUUGUUCUGUACAGUUGAAGAGUCUGGAAGAGUCUAAGGCAAAGACAGGCUCCCGUCUUACGCUGCUUCCAUUCAUUGUUGAACUCAGACCCCUUUCACCUCGAAACUUCUAAUCCCUUCAAUCCAAGCUACAAACCACGAUGAACCUCCGAACAUCCUGAUUUUCUUCCACCACCAUCCUUUCCUGCGAUCCAUCGAUCCCGUGUUGCUGGUUUAUUACAAUUUGACACGUUCUAUCGCGGGUGGAUAAAGACCAGGCCUUUCCACAGCCUGAGUUCGCCGGAAUCUUAGUGCAACGACCCGAUCAAGCUUCGGAAACUCGCCUACUCUCAAGCAUUCAUUUCGCCAGCCUUACAACCACGCAACAUGUCUAGUUUUAAUUUUGGAGGAACCUCUCAGGGCGGUGAGAAGAAGAAUCCGUUCAGCGCGACCGCCUCGACCCCUGGCUCCUCCCUCUUCGGAGGAAGUGCUGCAAACCCACCAUCUUCAUCACCGUUCGGCGCAAAGCCACCCCAAUCAGGCGGCCUUUUUGGUGGUCUUGCAGGCCAACCCAGCGGAUCUAGUCCCUUCGGAGGAGCGCCCGCACAGAAAGACGAGGGUCCCAAACCGUUCGGAGUGUCGGGAGCCACACCUACGCCGGCGGAGAGCAAGACGCCUGGGCUUUUCAUGAGCACGACACCACAAGCUGGAAGUUCCGGUCUGUUUCAGAAGCCGAAUCCAGCUGGAAAUGCGCCCUCGAAUUCGGGCGGCGGAGGCAAUCAGCCCACUCCAGGAUCGACGAAUACCCCAGGAUCUUCCUACAACUUCACCAACACUACACCGGCUUCUAAUGCAGGCGGAGCAGCAUCCUCAAUGUUUGGCAAGCCAGCGGGAUCCGGAAGUUUAUUCUCUCCUGCGCCAGCUUCGGGACCAGCUGGUACCAGUACACCCGCCACCAGUAAACCGACGCUCUCAUUCAUGACAUCCACCACUCCAGCUGGCCCUCCUCCCGCGACAUCAGGGCCAUCAUUCCCAACUAGCGGAUCGCAAACGACGAGUUCCGCGUUCGGAAACGCGCAAAAGCCUGCGUCACUCUUCGGGGGCGUCGCAGCAAAUCAGGGAGCCACUUCAACUGGCCCAACUGCGAUGGCUGGUUUUGGCGGAGUCGGUAAACCGCAAGGCGGGAUAGCGGGACAGCAGCCUUCUUCGGCAUCUACCCCUUCGACCUCCACACCAUUCCCCGCGACUGCUGCUCCAAGCGGCCCUCAGCAGGGUUCUGCAGUUAGCCUGUUCGGUCAGAAUACUGCCUCGCAACCCCAAGCAUCGGCCCAGAGCACUCAAACUGCAGGGUCAUCUCUCUUCAGCAGAACUAGCGAUGGGUUCUCGAGCUCCCCCUUUGCUGGUGGAGCCAAGAUUAAUCAGCCAGCUUCAACCGCGCCACUAUCCUCACAGCAGCCUGCACAACAGCCUGCAACCGGAGGUCUAUUCAAGUCUUUCCCCACUAAAGCCGACGCUCCCACGUCGGGGCCUCCGACCUCCACCGCAGCGAACACUGCAGCUCCUGCAUCCACAACGACUUCUGCCGCCCAACCCGCCACUACUGCUCCCACCCUUGGCACGGGGCUCUUCCAGAAAUCGGGACUUCCCGGAGCCGCUACGUCGUCCGCAUUGGGGACAACGGGGACAACCACCCCCGCCUCUUCUACCGCUGCUCCAGCAUCAACCCAAGCCGCUGCUCCAGCGGCGAAGGCGACCACGGCGGCGAUGGCUCCGCCAGGAAUGGGACCUAGUCCUGCGCAACUCCACCAAUCGACCGGUCCGACUCCCGACCCGACCUCCCGGUUGAAGAAUAAGUCGAUGGAUGAGAUCAUUACCAAGUGGGCGACGGACCUGACCAAAUACCAAAAAGAGUUCACACGAUCCGCCCAGCAAGUCGCGGGAUGGGACCAGCUGCUCGUGGAGAAUUCCGACAAGAUCUCCAAGCUGUACAGCAAGACCUUCCAUGCUGAGAGGGAUGCGGCCGAAAUCGAUAAGCAGCUAUCGACGGUGGAGAGCCAGCAGGAUGAGCUCCAGCACUUUCUCGACCGAUAUGAACGGGAGAUCGACGAGCUGUUGGUGAAGGGUGGUGUCAUGGGCCCGGAUGGCGUUGGAUUACAAGGGGUCGACCAGGAGCGGGAGAGAACGUACAAACUUGCGGAGAGGCUGACGGAGCGAGUCAAUGGGCUGAACCGCGAUGUCACGGAUGUCAUUGACGAGAUUAACAACGUGUCGUCAUCUCUUAGCAAAACGAACAACCCCGAUGAUCCGCUCUCACAUGUCGUCAAGGUGCUCAACAGCCACCUUCAGCAAUUGCAGCAGGUGGACACUGCUACGGCAGGUCUGAAGGAGAAGGUCGAGGCAGCGCAAAAGGAUAGCGUUCGCGCGAAUGCGUCAUGGAACGGGUCUCAAUCGAUGGGGAGUGAUCCGGCCGCCGAUUUCUACCGAUCGUUCCGUGUCAGGCGUUGAGGGCGAUUCAGGAUGAUACCAUGUCUGCCAGUUCCGAACAUGCCACGACGUAAUCAUUGGACUAUAGUGUACAACAGGGCACCAUGGACUUAGGAUAAUGGCGCACUGGGGAGAUUUAUAACAGGAUUUGAUCAUUGGCAUUCGAGUCGAUGACAUUGUUGAGAAGGUUGCUCAGGCCAAGAGCUUCAGACCGAGUCGAGAGGCGAUGGCAGAUACGCAACAGGAUUCCAAAAAAUAAUACAAGCAUCAAAUGUCCGAGAUUCGUGCCAUAGUUUAU